AUGGUCCAACUCGUGGAGGGGAGCUGGUUGCCAUCAGGGGGCCUUAAAAAGGGGCAAAAGCACCCGGGGGCCCUCCUCAUUGCCCCGGAGGCCCCAGAGAGUAGGGCCAGGACACCCCCUGUGGCCCUCACCAUUGCCCCGGAGGCCCCAAAGAGUAGGGCCAGGACACCCCCUGUGGCCCUCCUCAUUGCCUCGGAGGCCCCAGAGAGAAAGCCGCAUGUUCUCCCGGCCCAGCAGCUGAAGCUGCCUAACCUCGGACAGACCUGCUAUAUCAACUCCACCCUGCAGUGUCUGUUCGCUCUGCAGCCCCUCUGUAUCCAGCUGCUCCUGCAUGAGGAGACAUGGAGGCAGGAGCCCUCAGCACUGCUCCUCAGCUCCUUUGUGGGUCUCUGGUGCCUGAGGGCAUCCACGGACAGGGAGCUGAAGGCGGCAGUGCUGAUGGAGCUGAAGGACUGCAUCGCCCUGCGCAACCAAGAAUUCAAGGGGAACUCACAGAACGUGAGAACACACACAUGAAAUCAGAUACUAUGAA